AUGCAGAGCACAUUCACCGGCACCCGCCUGGGGAAGGCCCGCCUCAGCGGCGCCCCAGUGAGCGCUCGUGCAGCACCACUGCGGUCUGGAGCGGGGCGCAGGGGGGCUCUGGUGGUGAAGGCUGAGAAGGUGGUGGGCAUUGACCUGGGCACCACCAACUCGGCGGUGGCAGCGAUGGAGGGCGGCAAGCCCACCAUCAUCACCAACGCCGAGGGUGGCCGCACCACCCCCUCCGUCGUUGCCUUCACCAAGACUGGCGACCGCCUUGUGGGCCAGAUCGCCAAGCGCCAGGCGGUGGUCAACCCCGAGAACACUUUCUUCUCCGUGAAGCGCUUCAUCGGGCGCAAGAUGGGGGAGGUGCAGGAGGAGAGCAAGCAGGUGCCGUACCGCGUGCUCGCCGACGGCAACGGCAACGUCAAGAUUGCGUCGAGCCACGCCAACAAGGAGUUUGCGCCCGAGGAGAUCUCCGCCAUCGUGCUGCGCAAGCUGAGCGAGGAUGCCGCCAAGUUCCUGAAUGACUCCGUCACCAAGGCCGUCAUCACGGUGCCCGCCUACUUCAACGACUCGCAGCGUCAGGCCACCAAGGACGCCGGCAAGAUUGGCGGGCUGGAAGUGCUGCGCAUCAUCAACGAGCCCACCGCCGCCUCCCUGGCAUACGGUCUGGACAAGAAGAGCAACGAGACGAUCCUGGUGUUUGACCUGGGCGGCGGCACCUUUGACGUGUCUGUGCUGGAGGUGGGCGACGGCGUGUUUGAGGUGCUGUCCACCAGCGGCGACACCCACCUGGGCGGCGACGACUUCGACAAGCGCAUCGUGGACUGGCUGGCGGAGGACUUCCAGAAGGCAGAGGGGCUGGACCUGCGCAAGGACCGCCAGGCGCUGCAGCGCCUGAUGGAGGCCGCGGAGAAGGCCAAGAUUGAGCUGUCUGCCACCCCCCAGACCGGCAUCUCCCUGCCCUUCAUCACCGCCACCGCCGACGGCCCCAAGCACAUUGAUGCCCAGCUGUCGCGCUCCAAGUUUGAGCAGCUGUGCUCCGACCUGCUGGAGCGCUGCCGCGUGCCGGUGGAGCAGGCGCUCAAGGACGCCAAGCUCAAGUACGAGGACAUUGAUGAGGUCAUCCUGGUGGGAGGCUCCACCCGCAUCCCCGCAGUCAUUGAGCUGGUGGAGAAGAUCAGCCACAAGAAGCCCAACGUGACGGUCAACCCGGAUGAGGUGGUGGCGCUGGGCGCGGCGGUGCAGGGCGGCGUGCUGGCGGGCGAGGUCAGCGACAUUGUGCUGCUGGACGUGACGCCGCUGUCGCUGGGCCUGGAGACGCUGGGCGGCGUGGCCACCAAGGUCAUCCCGCGCAACACCACGCUGCCCACCUCCAAGAACGAGAUCUUCUCCACCGCCGCCGACGGCCAGACGAGCGUGGAGAUCAACGUGCUGCAGGGCGAGCGCGAGUUUGCGCGGGACAACAAGUCGCUGGGCACCUUCCGCCUGGACGGCAUCCCGCCCGCGCCGCGCGGCGUGCCCCAGGUGGAGGUGCGCUUUGACAUCGACGCCAACGGCAUCCUCAGCGUCACCGCCACCGACAAGGGCACGGGCAAGAAGCAGGACAUCAAGAUCACGGGCGCCUCCACGCUGCCCUCGGACGAGGUGGACCGCAUGGUCAAGGACGCCGAGAAGAACGCAGAGGAGGACCGCAAGGCGCGCGAGCUGAUUGACACCAAGAACCAGGCGGACAGCCAGGUGUACCAGACGGAGAAGCAGCUCAAGGAGUUUGCGGACAAGGUGCCCGAGGAGGUGAAGGGCAAGGUGGAGGCCAAGCUGGCGGCGCUCAAGGAGGCCAUCCCCUCCGACGACGUGCCCAAGAUCAAGGAGGCCAUGGAGGAGCUGCAGAAGGAGGUGAUGACGCUGGGCCAGGCCGUGUACGGCCAGCAGCAGGCGGGCGGCGCGGCGCCUGGCGGCGAGGACGCCGGCAGCAGCAGCGGCCCCAAGGGCGACGACGUGAUCGACGCCGAGUUCACCGACUCCCCCAAGGACAAGUGA